CAAGCGGACGAGGAUGAGAGUGCUGGAGGAGGAGCGGCUUCCUCACACAAGAAACGCCAGAGAGUAGCAACUGCAAAGGCCCUGAGUUAUGAGGCUGUCAGAGGAGAGAAGAAACAGCCGAAAGACACGGUGCGCAGGCGACUGGAUUUAUCUGACAAGAAGAAGGUUGAGCCUGCGAGAGAAUUACCCUCCAAGCAACACGAGGCUACAGAUCCCAUGGACGUCGAUGAACAAGAGGGUGCCGACCUAAUGGAAAUCGAUGACGAAGAAAUAGUAGCCACCCCUCGGCGUCCUGCUCAACGAGAACCAGUCCGCAGUGUACCUUCCACGAAAGCCAAGGCUCGGAUUGAUGUCGUCUCAAUGCCGGCAUUGCAAGAUGUUGCCUUCUCUGACGAACAUCUCCGUCUCAUCCAACACAUUGUCGCAGACAAGCUCACCUGGAACCGCCCAACACGACUCUGCAAUCUCGCGGACGAACAUGCCAAAGUCUCCAGUCUCAUUACGCAAACCGUGACUGCCGGCGAAAGCAACAGCAUGCUCGUGAUCGGUGCUCGAGGGAGCGGCAAGACGACCCUCCUGAAUGAUAUCCUUCGGCAACAGCUUGUCGAUCACGCAGAUGAGUUCCACGUCGUUCGACUCAACGGCUUCAUUCACACCGACGACAAGAUUGCGCUACGCGAGAUCUGGCGACAACUCGGACGAGAAAUGGAUCUGGAUGAAGAAGAGGGCGCUUCGAAGAACUACGCCGAUACCAUGACGAGACUGCUGGCUUUACUCUCGCAUCCCGCCGAGCACGGUACAGACCAGCCCGGCCAAGUGACAAAGAGCGUCAUCUUCAUACUUGAUGAAUUCGAACUAUUCGCCAAUCAUCCGCGCCAGACUCUACUAUACAAUUUGUUCGACAUUGCGCAGAGCCGUAAAGCGCCCAUCGCUGUACUGGGUUUGACGACGAGGAUCGAUGUUGCGGAAAGUCUCGAGAAGCGAGUCAAGAGUCGCUUUAGCCAUCGAUAUGUGCAUCUCGGAAUGGCGAAAAGCUUUGCUGCAUUUCAGGAGAGCUGUCAGGCUGCUGUUGUCAUCGAUUAUGGCGACUUGAGUGUGGAGGAAAAACAGACUCUUGGCUUGAAAUCGGAGAUCAAGGAGAAGCUCUCCAAAGCCUUGACAAAAGACGAAGAGAAUCCCGUGACGAACUGGAACGCAGUCAUCGAAGCCCUCUUCGCCAACGACGAUUUCACCAACCACCUAAAACGCCUCUACUACACCACCAAAUCCGUGCCAGAAUUCCAAACCUCACUGCUCCUUCCCCUCGCCACACUCCCAAUCAAUCCAUCACCAAACUCUCACACCCUCCUCGCUCACCUCCUCAAGUCCUAUCAAGGAAACCCGCUCCUCGCCCCAGACUCCAAACUCACCCUCCUCCCAACGCUCAGCACCCUCCAACUCGCCCUACUCAUCAGCGCCGCCCGCCUAACCGCCAUCCACGCUCUGAACCUCGUCCCCUUCCCGCAGGUCUACGAGGAAUACAAAGUGCUCGCUUCCAAGGCGAAAUUGCAGGCUUCGGCUGCUGGGGUUCUGGGGCCGGGGGCGAGCGCGAGGGUUUGGGGAAAAGAGGUUGCGAGGGGCGCUUGGGAGGGGUUGGUGGAGGUUGGAUUGGUUUUGGAGGAGGGUGGUGGUGGUGAGGGUGGUGCGCGGGUUGAUGUUGGGUUGGAGGAGAUUGGGGCUUGUGAGGGGGUGGAGUUGGGGGGUUGGGGGAGGUGGUGUAAGGAGAUUUGA